AUGUUGGACAGCGCGCCGCCGCCGCCACCGCCGCCGUCACGGCCGCUCCAGCCAAAGACGACUCGUGGCCAGGAACGUAGCGCCCCCGAGUAUCCCAGCAUCAAAAGACGACGAGCAACCGUGAUUGCGUGCCACAACUGCCGCCUCAAGAAGAUCCGAAAUAGCACUUCCUCCGCCUUUGACCACGAUUGUGUAUUGUGUUUUUUUGCUGACCCUCUGGCUGCUUUGCGCGACGCAAAAAAACAGUGCGACGGCCAGCGCCCGGCCUGCUCGUCGUGCGCGUCCAAGACGGUCCCGUGCACGUACCGGGACGCGGUGCGGGACGCGGUCCCCGGCGUCGUGCGCAUGCUCGGCCAGCUGUGCGCGAGCGAGCUCGUGCGUGUCGUCGCCCGCCUCAAGGACGAGGAGGACGCAGAGACUAUCCUGGCCACCAUCAAGGCUUGCCUGGCGCGGCAGGCGAGACGCCGCUACGACGAGGAAACGCCGUCGACGGCCGGCAGCGAGGAGUGCGCCCCGAGAACGCCGCUGGCCGGCGGAGACGUCGACUGGUACUGGCCGGCGAGCUGCCACCCGACGACGACGACAACGACGACGAUGACGACGACGACGACGGCCGAGUUUGCGGUGCACACGGACGUGGUCGGUCCCGUGGUGGAUUAUUGGCCGAAUGGCUGGCCGAGAACGUGGGCUCGGCUUCCAAACGACAUCUGA